UUCUUCCUCGUCUCUCCUUCCUCCUCGUCCUCCAUUGAAGAUCCAGACAACCGAAAAAAGAAACGAGGAAAAAACACCGAGGAUUAUCGGAGAAGGAAGGUCAGAUCGAUGGGGAGAGGGAAGAUAGCAAUCCAAAGGAUUGAUAAUUCCACAAGCAGGCAGGUGACUUUCUCAAAGCGUCGAAAAGGGUUGCUUAAGAAGGCCAAGGAGCUCUCAAUCCUUUGUGAUGCAGAAGUUGGGGUCAUUGUCUUCUCCAGCACCGACAAGCUAUACGACUAUGCUAGCACAAGCAUGAAAUCUGUUGUUGGGCGUUACAUCAAAGAAAAAGAGAAAGCAGACCAGCAGUACAAUCCUGCUAAUAUGGAAGUCAAGUUUUGGCAGAGGGAGGCAGCAGCCUCGAGGCAACAACUGCAGUUCAUGGAAGAUUGCCACAGGCACUUGAUGGGCGAAGAACUUUCUAGUCUGAGAAUUGAAGAUCUACAAAACCUAGAAACUCAGCUGGAAAUGAGCUUGAAGGGUGUUCGAGAGAAGAAAGGAAACCUCAUUCAACAGGAGAAUCUAGAACUCUACGAGAAGAUAAACCUCAUUCGCAAAGAAAACGAGGAAUUGAAAAUGAAGGUUUAUAAAGCAAGGGAAGUGAACGAAGCUGCAAGUAGAAAUCGUGUUGCUCCUGCAUACACUAUCAGCAAAGGUUUCGAUCUGCACGCACCCCUACUCCAUCUCCAGCUGAGCCAGCCGCAGCCUCAAAACAACGAAGUACUACCAGAAAGCUGGACAAUGGAACUAGGAUUACAACUACACUAGCAAUUAAUUCCAUUUUGAGAGCUGCAUGCAGUGGAUGCCUAUCCGUCAGUACUAUAGCAUCAUCAGCAAUUUGCCGACAGUGGAAAAAUCAAGCUUCCAACAGUACUGAGAUUCGACGAUCGAUAAACUAAGCAUAUUUUUUUAUGAAGCUCGGUGUACGCGAAUUAUGUUCUAUAUAUGUAUGAAGCUUGCCGCAAGAUAUUAUUAUCCACUAUCUAUGUAAAAUCUACACAAUAAUGUGGGAAAGAUUGCACU